AUGCCCUGGUAUGUCGCGAAGCCACGUCCAGGGAUACACAAUAUUGUUCAGAAGAUGAGGGACACCCUAGAGGGGUUGGACGACUCCCUCAACUAUCUUUCCUUUGAUGAGGAGUUAGAGAUUUUAGAGUGGGUGUAUGAGAAUGCCAGACGAUAUUGGCUGCGCCACAGUGGGCCCCUUCAGCCCAGGUCAAAGGGAGGCAUCGAUUUGGUGGUCAUUGAUAGUGCACCCUUACUCCCUUUAGCACUUUUAUCCAAGCAACAGGACCCCGGGAGACCAGUACUAUAUGAAAACCGUUUAAUGUUCCAGAAUGGCAUGGCUGUGGAUCCUAGUGGUCCUUCAGCUAGGGCCUGGGACUUUGUGCAGACCAGGUCAUCAGAUGUGGACCUACUGGUUUCUCCGGUACCACCUGAAUUGGCACCACAGAUAUUACCCAGGAAGAGUGUGGGAUAUAUUCCAGUUUCUGUCGACCAGUGA